GGUCUGGGGAUCCCGGGGGGGCGCCGGAGGGGCCGGGAGCCUCUGCAGUGUUUGGGGGAGUUGUGGAUGCGAACUUCAGUGGGGCGGGGGGGAAAUACGUGGAGAUUCGAGGGUCGCUCAGAAGGGACAACUCCCGGGAUGACAGGAGCGGGCCUCUGAAAGGACAGGGGGCGCUGGGAGGAAGUUUCGUUCUUUGGAGAAAGGGCUGACGCCGAGGAAGAGAGAAUGGGCUCGAGGGGAGAACAGUGGGGCGAGGGCACUCUAGGGUGGGGGUGGCAGAAGUGAGGGACAGCCCCCCGACUUCCUGCUCCCUGGGGCUCUGGGGACGUUCCGGCCACAGGAGCAACUGUCACGCCUGCAGAGAUCACGGGCGGGGGCGGGGGGGCUGUUGGAAAGAGCUUUCUCCCCGCUCCCCAGCGCGCCCGGUGGCUCCCAGCUGAGCCAAUUCCUCGGCCUUGCCCUGUUCCCUCUCCUCUGGGAACCAGCUGUACCCCUCUAGAGGUACAAAUAGGUGUCUUCCCCCCACGGCCCCGCUGGCUGUGGGUAAGAUUAUUGCAUAAGAAUCAAGUUUCCUGUAGGGAAAUUGACAGUCUUGUACUCUUUUUAAAUUCCCUCCCGUCUUUUUUUCUAGGUUAAACCCUGCUUUCCUCCUCCCCUUCUAAAAACAAAGUCCCUAUCAAGCCAGUUCUAGAAAGAAAUAAACCUCUUUCCUUCUUGACAUUGUUCUUUUAUAAACACCUGGUAAACUUGGCCAGAAGAUAAAUAAUUGAGCCCUUGCGUUUACUGGAUUGUGGUGUUGCUUAAUUGCAUAGGACAGAAUGAACCAAUCGAGAGUGGGAGUUUUCUGUCUUAGAGCCAAGAUCUUGGGUAAACGCAGAGGGAAACAAAGACAGGCUGGACUUGGCAAAGCCAUGUGUGCAAACUUUACCUGCGAUUGGGAGGUGUGGUUGGGCUUAAGUUAGCAAAAUUCAAACCUUCAUCCAAGUUGCUUUUUCCAUGUUUAGCGUACAUCUCUCUGUGUUAUAUCAAGUGGGUGUAUGGUAUUGACACACUUUUUUUUAAAUUAAAAAUGUGCAUAAUGUAUACCUGCUGGUUUUUAUCAUGUGUGCAUCUGCAGGCUAUGUCCUGGGUAUGGGUUGUAACUUUUUGGCUUGGCUGUGCUGGUAAACCAUUGGUUUGAAUAAAUCAGAACUAUAAAUCAUCUCAGUCUUUUAUAUGUGGAUUUAGACUGUGUUAUGACUUGAUUCAGCCAAGUUUCUGUUUUAUUUUAUAUUAAAUAUGUCUGUGUUCCCUGAGUCAACACAUUUAUUUCCUUGUUACAUGUGCCAGACUGGAAUACUAGCAGAAUUUUUGCUCAGACAUUUGCAUAGUGGGAUGGGAGAAAGAAGUCUGGAAUACAAAAAAAAAAAAAAAAAAAAUGUGGUAGAUAUUGGAGGGUUGAUCUUAAAGUCACUAUAUUUGUUAGCAUAUCCGGCACAGGGAACCACCAGCAAAUUCAUGAAUCUUCUAUUUCUGCAUAUAGUACUUUUGGGGAGAGUACUUAGAACUAUCCACAGCUAUGACUUGCCAUACAAGGGGUAGGUUGUUCACAUGACAUUAAUCUCAUUUUAUAGAUAAGGAAACUGAGGCUAAAGGAACAAGGUGGGUGCCCAAGGCAGCAGAGUGCCAUAGUGGUAGAACUUGUCCUUAAGUAUAUUUUGUAUUAUUUUGAUUAUCUAUGUGAAGUAUUAGGUCUUUUUUGUUUUAUUGCACCCCUAUGUUUAUUGCAGCACUAUUUAUAAUAGCCAAGAUACGGGAAGCAGCCCGUGUCCACUGACAGGUGAACUGACAAGAUGUGUUACAGUUGUACACAAUGGAAUAUUAGUCAACCAUAAAAGAGAAAGUAUUAGGUCUUAAUUUAUAGUGAUUGUAGGCCCUGCUGGGGAAAGUGUCACUGAAAUGCUAACAUAUAUCUGGACAGGGAAAUACCACUAAUAGGCUAUAAGACUCCAAGGGAGAUAGCCAACAAACAGGUGGAAAAAGAAGUACAAGUAGGUUUUGUAUAGGUUAUUUUUCCGUCUGCUGCAUCUGAGUCUGACUUGGGAAGUAACUUUUUAGUUAGCAUAAUUAUCAUCAGAAUUUAGCUAUUUGCUAAUGGAAAGAGAUACUUAUUUAGGCAAGUUUGUAGGUAAAGGAUAGUGGUGACCUAAAAUGCCAUUUGAUCCAGAGUGCCUUGUGGCUUGAUCAGUGAUCAUUUGUGUCUCCAGAAAGUUGCUUUCUCCCCCUCCCUGCCUCUGCCUGUCUUGACUUUCAGAUAUGAGAUGGGGCAGAGGUAGUGCAUUCCAGAUGCUGAGUCUAUAGCACCUUUUUACCUUAUAGUUUCCUCAGUGGUGGUGUACAGAUUCACCAGAUAUUUACUUUUUGCAAUGCAAAGUUGCUAUGAAGAAUCAGAGGCUUUGUUCACAGAACUUGCAGUCUGCUGAGGGGAUGUGAUAAUGCUUUAUCCAGACAGUGCAGCAUGUCCUCAAAGAGCUGGUGAGACAUUAAGCCUGUACUGUCCAACAAGGUAGCUAUUAUAUAUUUUAAAAAAUGUGUGUAUAUAUAUGUGUGUGUGUGUGUGUGUGUGUGUGUGUAUACAUAUAUAUAUGGCACAGCUAGAGAAUAUUUCCAUUAUCUUGGAAAGUUCUAUUAGACAGUGCUGCACUAAGCACUACAGGUCUUCAGAGGAAGGAAAGAUUAUGAGGCCUGGAGUGGUCUGGGAAGUCUUCUUGCCAAAGGAGAGAUUUGAUCUGGGUCCCAAAUAAUGGUUGGAAUUUGAUAGGGAUAAAGAAUUUCGGGUGAGGAGGUAUGGUGAUACAACACCAACAAAAUCCUGAUAGAUGAGUGAGGUAAGUAGGGGAGGAGUGUCUACUCACCAGAGGCCUUGAAUGCCAGACCAUGGAAGUUGUUUUUGUCCUUUUAAAGAUUUUUGAGGCCAGCUAUUGUUGUUUAAUUGUGGAGUGCCUACUGUGUGUCAAGCACAUGCCUGGCAUUGGUUAAUUUGUACAAAGUAUAUCAGCGCACACGGCUUCUGCCCUGGGGGAGCUGUCGUUGGGCCUGACCUUAUAAAUUGGGCCAGCUCCCAAAGAGAGGUGUUCUGACUUACCAGAUUCAUGUUCUUCAGUGCAGAAGUGUCUUUUAGGGUUUUUAAUUGGCUGCAAAUGACCAUUCACAUUUUAUGUCUUCCAUAAGGCAUAAAACAUUCCAUAUAAUGUCCAUAAGACAUUCCAUAUUUACUAUACAAUUUUACUGUAACUUUUAAGUCAUUCAUAAAAACCGCCAGAAGAACACUUAGGGACAUCCCCAGAUCUUGAAGAAGUCCUGGUGUCCUGGAGCAGCCUUGGUGAAGUCCAGCAGGAUGACAUCGCUGGGUUGUUUCAGUCUUCGUUGGUUAUGAUGAAAAGAACGAAUCUCAUGGUUACGCAUCUGUCAGUACGAACCUUGGCUUGCUAGGGCACACUUUAGGAUGGUCAGAUGGGACUUUAGUGGUCCGCUGUUUGAAAAGUCUCUAGUUUUUAAAAGGAAUAGCAUAUGGAAGAAUGAAUUUCUGUUCUGCUCAGUUCUCAUUUAUCAUGUCAGGAUUACUGCAAAUCUUAGGUGAGAUUGGCAAACGGUUCUGUUUUAUUUUAAUUAAUUUAUUAUCGGCAAGUAUUUUAUAUUGAGAGCCAAUUAUUGCGCCAGGCGGCAUCCAAGGGUAAUGAAAUACAGUUUCACAGAACUGGAGGUGUUGUGUGGACCAGGGUGUGUGCUGCUUCAGUGUGGACUCAGGGCAGGGGAGAUGGCAGGGUAGUGGUUCAAGGCUUGUGCUCUGGAGCCAAACAGGUCUGGGAUCAGAUCCUGGACCUGCUACAUCCUAGUCAGAACCUGAGUCUCAGUGGUCUUAGGUGUAAAAGUAGAGAACAGUGCCUAUCUCCCGGGCCUGUUGAAGAUUCGAUGAGAUAAUGUAGGUAAAAUGCUUAGCGUAAUGCUUGGCACGUUGUAAGAACUCCAUAAAUCUUUUUUUUCCCCUCUUUUUUUAAAGUAAUCUCUAUGCCCAGCAUGGUGCUUGAACUCACGACCCUGAGAUCAAGAGUUUCCUGCUCUACCAACUGAGCCAGCCAGGUGCCCCAGGAACUCCAUAAAUCUAAGUCCUUAUUAAAUGUCCCGGAAGAGAGAUUAAUUCUCUUCAGGGAUGAGAAAAAGGCUCUAUCACAGAGGGGCUCUGUCAGGUUGGAAUACCUAUGAAUAGGGUUUUGUAGGAUGAAUAGGAAUUCUCCUGACAAAGUUGAGUAAUGAACAGUUGUAUUCAAGGCCAGGGAACGAGAAUGGGCAGAAGCUUAAAACAGCAUAGGGUGUCCAGGGAGCUACAAGUGGAAGUUAUUAAUGUAGGAGGACAGAACAGAGGGGAAAGGAAGCUGUUACCCCUUCUCUUCUGUUCAUUAUUGGGUUCAUGUUUCAUUAAACUAAAUUGUUUUGUCCUGCUUACAAAAGAACAGUAUGCUAUUAUAAGCAAUUUAAAUUUGUAGAAAAAUAAACUAUGUGUAUUUUAUAUAUAUCCUGUUAAUAGUUUGGUCUGUAUUUCUCCCGGUUUUUUCUUUUUCUACUUACCAGUAUAUCUUGGACAUACUUAUUGCAAAUUUCUUUUUAAUCACCUAAUGAAAGAACAAUAAGGAAGGCAAUCUGCCCCCCCCCCCCACUCCCAGUACAAUAAGUAAAAACGCAUCAUGUGGCUUUUCUGUCUGCUACACCCAUCCAUAAGAAUAAGUGUCUUUUCUAAUCACUGAACUUUUACCUGACCUUUGAUUUUUCAACUACAUUGGGCAAGGAACUUCUAUUUUGAGCAGUCCUAAGGUAACUGUUCUUAUAAGCGUAGAAAUGCUUGGGCUGUGUGUUUAAGGGUUUCGUGGUCCAAAGUUGCUAUAGGAGGUGAUAGAAUGGGCUACGAGGUCAGACCCCUUGGGCUUCAAUCCCAAAUCCAGCACCUCUUAGACCAUGGGUCAGUUGCUUUAACUUCUGUGGGCUUCAGUUUCUCUAGCCAUAAAAUACAGAUACCAGGUUCCAUUGUAGAGCAGUUGUGAGGAUUAAGUAAGAUAAUGUAUAGAAAGUACUUUGCACAGUGCCUGGCAGAUAGCUAAAAUGUGAGUGCUAAUAAUUAAUAUUAUUAAAAACUGCAGUAUCUACCUACAAAGUCGGGCAAGUUAUGAUUCAUGGUAGCCAUUAAUAACCCAAAGGAAAGAAGGAGUAAUUAGGAGAUUCUAAGCUAAUAGGAAAGAAACUAAAUGAAUAGGGACCAGGGGGAUUUACAUUGUGGUGGAGGAGAUGGAGUCUGUCACGUAAAAGGAAUAGGCAAACUGUAAAUUUCUGCUUACACGAAUGCCCCUGUGAUAGGUCUCUUUGAGUCUUCCAAAGCCUAUGAUUGUGGUCCAUUUAUUUUAAGUAAUACUCAACACAUUAAAAAUGUAUUACCACUUAGGAAUUUUAACAGUCCCUUGGAGUUCUUCCUAACACCAAAAGUACAGAUAAUGUUGAAGGUUUGAGGGGUAGAGGAGUCGGACAAGGAAGGUGGGGCAGCCCACGGUUUGGGGGUGUGGCGGCAUCCCAAGUGGAAUGAAUGAUCUGUCUGAGGCUGGGAGGUGAUUUGUCCCUCGCGUGCAUGUGUGUGCGUGUGUGUGUGUGUGUGUGUGUGUGUGCAAACGUAGUGUAUGUGUGUGAGUGCGUAUGUUUUCACGGGAGGAGUAGAGCUUUGUUUUCUUGUAACUUUCCUUUGCAAACGCAUCUGUAUUCAGAAUAGCCUUGCGGUUAAGAAGAACCACUCAGCUUCUCCUUGAAACUGGUUUUCUCACACUAGCUCUCCAGUUUGGGAUCCGAGAAGUCAGGAAAGAAAGGCCGCCCCGUUGCUUCUGGCCCGAAUGUGGGGCAGGAGGAAGCCAGCAGAGCUUGAAAGAGAAAGUAAACUUUCUGGUAAAUAAAUGGCUUCCCUAUUGUGGAGGAGGAGCACAAAUUAUUAGGGGGAUAUUUGGGUAGUUUUUGUAGAAGCCAUUUCUGAAAACUGAUUUAGAUUAGCGAAGGUGAGCUCAAUUUAGGAAAACCCUGCCCGGUCUGGUGUUAACCACCUGUUUUCCCGCUUUGUCGAUUGAUUUUAUUAGUUUUUGGUAUCCUGACCUCCUGACCACUCAUUCUGGUUAUGAGAAAUGGAGGAUUUGAGUCUGAACUUGAGCACCUGCUUAGGUGAAAUCUUCCUAAAAUGCAUGUUUUUUUCACAUCUUUUCUAAUGUUAAUUUUGUUUUUGCUGUUUAGCAAACACUUUUUCUGACCAAACGGAAAGCAUUACACUUUCCUUUGUUCUCCCUUUUUCUCCCCACCAGUGUAAUCCUCAAACCCCAAAGCCCAGAUGUUAGCCGAGUAAUUACCUCUCCGGUAAACCAAAGUGCAAUAUUGCAUCAGGUUAGCAUUAAAAUAGUCGGCCUUUGAAUUUUUUUUCUACUUGUGGUUUAGACACGAUAAAUAUUUAAUCUGAUUUUGUCUGACAAAUCAGUUUUGUAUUUGGGCCCCGUUUUAUCAAUAUGUUUAGGGAAAGUGAAUUUAUUGGAACUUUAACCCAAAUAAAGCAUAGUUAGGGUGGUAACUGUCUUAUGGAUAGGGGCAGGUGGAAUAAUUGAAGCAUUCUGAAGCCAUAUCAAUAUUUAUUCUUAAUUCUGUGUGUUAUUGUCCUUUUGUGUUUAAGUGCAUAAAUAAGGGUGGACUGUAAGUGGUUAGAAGCACGUGGGACACUUUAGGGUCCUAAUAACUGUGUUGGAGAAUACUGGGUUCAUGGAGCCAUCUAAAAUCCCUGCUUCUCGGUGUACCACUGUGGUGCCACAUGUCGAUAGUGGGGGAGGAUGUGCCUGUUGGGGGACAGGAGGUUUAUGGGAACUCUGUAUUUUCUGCUCAGUUUUGCUUUGAAUAAAAUUGCUCAAAAAAGUAAAGCUUAUUAAUUAAUUUUUAUUUAUUUAUUUUUUAAUUUUUUAAUGCUUCUUUAUUUUGAGGGAGAGAGAGACAGUGUUGCGAGCAGGGGAGGGGCAGAGAGAGAGAGGGAGAUACAGAAUCGGAAGAAGGCUCCAGGCUCCGAGCUGUCAGCACAGAGCCCGAUGCGGGGCUCAAACUCAACAACCGCAAGAUCAUGACCUGAGCUGAAGUCGAACCCUUAACCGACUGAGCCACCCCAGGUGCCCCAGAGCUUAUUAAUUAAAAAAAAAUCCUGUUUCUGCAGAAAUAUCCCAAGGAUCAGAAGUGCCCUCUAUACAGCUGUGUGAUGCCGUAGACUCCUGCCUCAGUUUGCCCUAAGAUUUACAAUGAGGGUACCAUUCUUAUAUACCCAGUGAGAAUAUCUUCCAAGCAAGGGAGAAUGAGGCUGCAGGUGGGGCAGAGAGAAGACCCACACACCAUCCAAUCUGUGGAUUUAACCACUUCCCCUUUCCCUAGGAAAGAUGAAUGCUAGUCUUAACCACAGAUUUGCAGCAAGAAUAUAUCAGUCUUGUUUUUCGGUGCCCAGACUGCAGGUUUCUUUAUGGUAAAAACAAUAUUUUAGGGAAAAAAAAGUUUAAUCAGUACGAAAAGGUUUGUAGUUAGUGGAGUUUUCUUUUCACCUUAUCCUCUGAAAUCUCUUUCCCAGGGACAGCUAGUUACCCACAUCGAAUUUUUCCACAGUAGCACAUUAUACACAUAACUCUGUUUCUUACUUUUUGUCACUUUAUCAAACACUCCAUGUGAAUGUGUUUAUGUCUGCCUCAUGUUUUUAAGACCUGCAUAGUAGUAUUCAGGCUGUGGAUGUCAUAAUUUAUUUAGUUUUUUUUUUUUUUAUUUUUAAGGACAGUCUGCCCCUCAACAUGGGACUCAAACUUAGGACACCAAGAUCAAAAGUCACAUGCUUUACAGGCUGAGCCAGCCAGGUGCCUCCCCCUCCUUUUUAAAAUAUUUUUUUAUUUUAAUAAUUUGUUUAAUCUAAUGAUAGUCAUAGAUUGCAAAAUAUAAAGACAGAAAACCAUAUUGUGGGGGCACCUGGGUGGCUCAGUUGGUUAAGCAUCUGACUUCGGCUCUGGUCAUGAUCUCAUGGUUCCUGAGUUCGACCCCCAUAUUGGGCUGUCUGCUCUCAGCACAGAGCCCAUUUCAGAUCCUGUCUCCCUCUCUCUCUGCCCCUCAUCUGUUUACACACACACACUCUCUCUCGCUCAAAAAUAAAUAAACAUAUAAAAAAAGAAAAAACAAUAUUGUAAAUAUCCUCAUAUUUGUCUUCAGGCACAUAUGAAUAAAUCUGUACAUCUGUACUUUAAAUGUUUUAAUCAUCGUACGCAUUCUGUUUAGAAAUGUAGCUUUUCUGUUAACAGAAUGCACAUUCUUCUUCUGAAGCAUUAAUUCUAUCUAGGGAGAAGCCUAGCUGUGUCACUAAAUGAAACUCCAGUCUGUCACUUGGGCAGAUAGGAAUAUUGCAACUCCCCCACCCUCACGUGGUGCCUGCUGCCCACUCAAUUUUUUUGAAAGCGUGUUGUUCAUAUACCUGUGAUGCCAGAGCCCAGCUUCCAUUAAUUUCUACCACGCCAGGCCUAAAACACAACACUCUUUUGUGUCCUUGGGGAAAUGGGGACAGGAGCCGUUUUUUUAUUUUUUGUAUUGUUCCCUUGCAGGAGCUGCUCAUUGAUGUUUUUGUUUGAGUUGUCUAUAGGGGCACUUCUCAGAGUGUGGUCCACAGAUCUCCCGGGGGCGCCCGGCGGGCGAUGGUGGGGGGGGUGUCUUUGAGUUCAAUUUCAAAGCCAUUUACAUAAUGUUAUUUGUGCCUUUUAUUUAGUUGGCAUUUACACUAGUUAUUGUACUUAGUGCGCUCUCAGAAAGAAAAACUGACUUCACUUAAGAAUGUCCAUGAUACAACAGUAAACAAUAUUAAUUUCAUUAUCUUUCAACUGUGGAGAAUGUGCCUUUUUGAUACUCUCUGAUGAAAUGGGAGGCAUGUAUAAAGAACACUUCUGCUGGGUAAGGAAGUAUGAUGGUUGUCUUAAGGAAGAGCUCUUGUGGAAACAUUUCAAUUACAGUCUCCAACUAGCUGCUUUUUUCAUUUUUUCUUUGAAAGAAUGACAGACCAACUGGGAUAUUGUUAGACAUUUUCUCAAAAAAGAAAAGAAGCUGUCUCUUCAAGGAAAACAACCGAUAAUGUUUGUUGCCAAUGACAAAGUUUAAGCUUUCGAGUGAAAAUCAGAAUUUGAGAUAAUUUGCAAGAAAAAUUCUGGGACCCCUGACUCCCGCAGGAUGGCCCAAUGGAAUCAGCUACAGCAGCUCGACACACGGUACCUGGAGCAGCUUCAUCAGCUGUACAGUGACAGCUUCCCGAUGGAGCUGCGGCAGUUUCUGGCCCCUUGGAUUGAGAGUCAAGAUUGGGCAUAUGCGGCCAGCAAAGAAUCACAUGCUACUUUGGUGUUUCAUAAUCUCUUGGGUGAGAUCGACCAGCAGUACAGCCGUUUCCUACAGGAAUCGAAUGUUCUCUAUCAGCACAAUCUGCGAAGAAUCAAGCAGUUCCUUCAGAGCAGGUAUCUGGAGAAGCCAAUGGAGAUUGCCCGAAUUGUGGCCCGGUGCCUGUGGGAAGAGUCCCGCCUGCUCCAGACUGCGGCCACUGCAGCCCAGCAAGGGGGCCAGGCCAACCACCCCACGGCCGCUGUGGUGACAGAGAAGCAGCAGAUGCUGGAGCAGCACCUGCAAGAUGUUCGGAAGCGAGUACAGGACCUAGAACAGAAAAUGAAAGUGGUAGAGAAUCUCCAGGAUGACUUUGACUUCAACUAUAAAACCCUCAAGAGUCAAGGAGACAUGCAGGAUCUGAAUGGAAACAACCAGUCCGUGACCAGGCAGAAGAUGCAGCAGCUGGAACAGAUGCUCACGGCGCUGGACCAGAUGCGGCGCAGCAUCGUGAGUGAGUUGGCGGGGCUGUUGUCAGCUAUGGAGUAUGUGCAGAAGACGCUCACGGACGAAGAGCUGGCUGACUGGAAGAGGCGGCAGCAGAUUGCGUGCAUCGGGGGCCCGCCCAACAUCUGCCUCGACCGCCUAGAAAACUGGAUAACCUCAUUAGCGGAAUCUCAACUUCAGACCCGCCAACAAAUUAAGAAACUGGAGGAGUUGCAGCAAAAAGUGUCCUACAAAGGGGAUCCCAUUGUACAGCACCGGCCAAUGCUGGAGGAGAGGAUUGUGGAGCUGUUUAGAAACUUAAUGAAAAGUGCCUUUGUGGUUGAGCGGCAGCCCUGCAUGCCCAUGCAUCCCGACCGGCCAUUGGUCAUCAAGACUGGCGUCCAGUUCACUACCAAAGUCAGAUUGCUGGUCAAAUUCCCUGAGUUAAAUUAUCAGCUUAAAAUUAAAGUGUGCAUUGACAAAGACUCCGGGGAUGUUGCGGCUCUCAGAGGAUCCCGGAAAUUUAACAUUCUGGGCACAAACACGAAAGUGAUGAACAUGGAAGAGUCCAACAACGGCAGCCUCUCUGCAGAAUUCAAACAUCUGACCCUGAGAGAGCAAAGAUGUGGUAACGGGGGCCGAGCCAAUUGUGAUGCCUCCCUGAUUGUCACCGAGGAGCUGCACCUGAUCACCUUUGAGACUGAGGUGUAUCACCAGGGCCUCAAGAUUGACCUUGAGACCCACUCCUUGCCGGUUGUGGUGAUCUCCAACAUCUGUCAGAUGCCUAAUGCCUGGGCAUCUAUCCUGUGGUAUAACAUGCUGACCAACAACCCCAAGAACGUGAACUUUUUCACCAAGCCCCCGAUUGGAACCUGGGAUCAAGUGGCUGAGGUGCUGAGCUGGCAGUUCUCCUCCACCACAAAGCGAGGCCUGAGCAUCGAGCAGUUGACAACGCUGGCAGAGAAGCUCUUAGGACCUGGUGUGAACUAUUCAGGGUGUCAGAUUACGUGGGCUAAAUUUUGCAAAGAAAACAUGGCCGGCAAAGGCUUCUCCUUCUGGGUCUGGCUAGACAAUAUCAUUGAUCUUGUGAAAAAGUACAUCCUGGCUCUUUGGAAUGAAGGGUACAUAAUGGGUUUUAUCAGUAAGGAGCGGGAGCGGGCCAUCUUGAGCACCAAGCCCCCAGGCACCUUCCUGCUAAGAUUCAGUGAAAGCAGCAAAGAAGGAGGUGUCACCUUCACUUGGGUGGAGAAGGACAUCAGCGGCAAGACCCAGAUCCAGUCCGUGGAACCAUAUACCAAGCAGCAGCUGAACAACAUGUCGUUUGCUGAAAUCAUCAUGGGCUAUAAGAUCAUGGAUGCUACCAACAUCCUCGUGUCUCCGCUGGUUUAUCUCUACCCGGACAUUCCUAAGGAGGAGGCGUUUGGAAAGUAUUGUCGACCAGAAAGCCAGGAGCAUCCUGAAGCUGACCCAGGUAGUGCUGCCCCAUACCUGAAGACCAAGUUUAUCUGUGUGACACCAACGACCUGCAGCAAUACCAUUGACCUGCCGAUGUCCCCCCGCACUUUAGAUUCAUUGAUGCAGUUUGGAAAUAAUGGUGAAGGUGCUGAACCCUCAGCAGGAGGGCAGUUUGAAUCCCUCACAUUCGACAUGGAGUUGACCUCGGAGUGCGCCACCUCCCCAAUGUGAGGAGCGGCGGGCUGAGGCUGCAGACAGAGAUGACGGAGGCACCUCCCUGUGUCCCACCACCCCUUAAACAGCCAACCCCCAGAUCGUCUGAAACUCCUCUAACUCUGUGCUUCCAGAUUUUGUUUGUUUUGUUGGGUUUUUUGUUUUGUUUUGUUUUGUUUUGUUUUGUUUAAAUCUCCUACUCCUGCUACCUUUGAGCGACCUGGGCACUUUUCACAAUAGAGAAAUGAAUGAAUGUGAGUGAUACGCUUUGACCUAAAUGCAAAUAAGAAACGUGUUCUCUGAGACCGCCAUCAGGGGAUGCGGAAGGGGUGGCAAGACGGGGAGAAAGGAAACGUUCUUGUCUUUUCUUGCUCCCCUGCCCUCCUUUCUCAGCAGCUUGCGUUGUUAGACAAGUGCCUCCCGGUGCCCGCACAGCCCUCCGCCUGCUCCUGCGAGCGGCCGCCACAGGCUGCCUGUAGCUGUGCUACUGCUGACAUUGCACUUUUAACCUUGCUAACAUCCAAAUAGAAGAUAGGACUUUCACAGCCCCGAGGUUUCUUUUUAAAUUAAAAAAAAAAAAAAAAAAGUUUUUUUU